AAAUAUAUCAACAAUAUUUUUGCAUUCCUAUCUUUCGUCUGAAUGCAGAAGCCCGCAUUGCGUUCGUAUAAUAAAUGAAACUAGACGUCGAAGCAGACAUUUGUGAUGGGAAAAAUGAAAAGUUUAAUUAUUUUAUUCCUAACAUAUUUUAGUAUAGCUUGUGGAUUUUUCGUGCCUGCCGGAUUAUUGAAGUUGUCCUGUCAAGAUAACGCCUACAUAAUCGAUGGUAUUGUUGACAAAUCUGAAGGAAUGUCGACUCAUACGGGAAACAUUCACACCAGAUCAUUAAAUACUCAAUUAACUGAAAAACUUGCUAAUGACCUCAAAAGUAAAAAAGAUUCAAUCAAUGAUUUGGUGCUGAAAGAUGUGACCCCAGGCCAGAGCAAUGUCAAUGAAAGGUCAUUUGUGUAUUUGAAACAAAAACACAGAACUCCUAUCAUAAAUGUGGUCCACGGUGCACACGACGGCCUCGGAAAGUCUCAUCAGAAAGGUCUCGAUGAUUACAAUCAAGAAUUUAUUAAAAAACCUUUUCAAAGUUAUAUUGAAAAGUUUUUGAAAGAAUCCUCGUUUUUUAACCAAAUUAGUAAUGCUGUGAUCGAUACAAAAUCUAAACAUAACAAAUUACACGCGAACCAAAUAUACCCUGGAAGCGCAAGAAAAGACAGUGGUAAUGAUUUAGAUAAAAAUAUUUAUGAUAAAUUGAAAAUUGUUGAAUUAUUAAAAGCACCUCUACUGAGAUGUGAACAUAAGAAUGAAAAUAGAAGAAGUGAACUUUACACUGAUAGAAAUGGAUACCAACCGCCUUAUGGAAAUAACAAUGGCAUAGCAUACCCGGUGCACCCGACACGUCACUACCAACAUUUCCCUGUCAAUAACAAUCAGAGGGUGAACAGUUAUGGCAGACCCGAAGAAAAAGAAACUCUUUGUUCCCAUAUUUAUCAGAGUCAUGUCAAAGAUUGUGUCCAUAGGAUGUUUGGUAAAGAUGCAAAUGAAAAUACUUUAAAGGUUCUAACAAAAUGUAUAAAAGAAAUGAAGUAAAUAAAUUAGUAUAAAUUUGAAGUAUUAAUCCAACCGGAUGGGUCGCGAGCGCAGAUUCUUAUGCAAAACCUCUGUCACUUACAGUGCGGGGCAAUACAAUUGAACUAUUAAUGCGUUGUUGAGUAAUAUUAACACGCAAUUUGAACUAUGAAUGCAUUGUUUAACAAUAUUAUUAUAUAUACACACGCACACAAAUAAUGCAUAACACAUUUUUUAUAUUAUGCACACAUUCACAACUCUUAAAAUAAGUCCAACAGUCUCUAAUAAUGUGUGUAAGGCUAUCCGUAGACGUACAAUUUAUUGUACAUAUUUUUUUCCAUAAUAAGAUUGAAAUAGGUAGUUUGAAUACAAACGAUUAAAUACAAAUGGUUAAUAAUAUAAAUUGUGCAAUAUUUUUGAACCAUUUUCCAUUUGAGUUAGUUCCAUUUUAAUAAGUUAAAAUAGAAUUCCAGUUUUUCCAUUUAUUAUUGAAGUGAAAAUAAUAUAUCAUGCGAUUGUUUUAUUAUUUUCACGUCUCGUAUUUGUGUCCGAUAUGAUAUAUUGUUGCUGUUUGAAAGAGUAUAUAUGGUACAUUAAUUGUGCAGUCUUUUCAAUAUGAACCUAAAAUUAUAAAAUCGUGCAAAAUACGUUAUAAUGAGCAAUUUGUUCGUCUAGGGUAUGCUUAAAAUGCCUCUCCGGUUGGUUUAAUAAAGUUAUAUUUACAAAAAACAAAUAUAAAGAAAACCCUAACGACAUUUUGAAAAAAAUUGUUGAAGUCCUGAUAAUAAGUUCCAUAAAAUAAUUUAAUGUCUACAGAAUCUCAUGCUAUAUGUGAGGGAGGUGUUAGCGAUAGUUUGGUUUUGUUUGUGUUGUAUAAAUAAAAAUAACUUUUCGAUAUAUAAGUAAUGAUAUUAUAUAGCUACCGAUUCUGUUAA